AUGAAACUAUCUAUUAAUGGGGUGAAAAUGAAACGAACAAGAUCUAAAACAGGUUGUUUAACUUGUCGAAAAAGAAAGAAGAAAUGUGAUGAAAAUAAACCAAAUUGUAAUAAUUGUAUUCAUUUAAAUAAAGAAUGCGUUUGGCCAAAUAAAGAUAACAAUAACAUAUUUAUUACUACCACCACCAAAAGGAUAACUAAGCCUAUGGAUAAAGAUAGUAUAAUUAAAACUAAUAAUAGAGAAACAACAACAUUAUUAAAACCCAUUGAAAACAAAACUCAAGAUCAUAUUCUAAAACAUGACCCAGCCAUACUAUUAAAAGCCCUAUAUCCUCAACAAUUUGUACCAUCACCAACAAAUCAAGAAGAAUAUGGGGCAACAUCCAAGAAUAUGGUACUACUAGAUUCUUCAAUAAUAAAUUCAAAUUCAAAUUCAAAUUUAAAUUCAAAUUCAAAUUCAAAUUCACCAAUAAUGAAAAAAUCUAAUUAUUAUUUAGAAAGAAUAGCCAUGCAACAAGAUUGUGUUGAAGAAGAUUAUUUAUCCCGGUCAUCAUUUCAAUACAUUGAUAUUGAUACUAAACUGAGUCAUAAUAAUGAUAAUAAUAACAAUAACGAUCAAUCCAAAUCCAAUAAUUCACCAUAA